AUGUCUUCAGCCGCGAGGGACAUAGCGGGUACCAACGCUUCAAUGUCUCAAGCCACGAACCCCAUCGAGGAUCAGAAAAUGCCUGUCUUCUCUUCCCACGGCACUCGGAGCCUGAGCGGUCAGUGUACUGCCUUGAAGCUCGCUUUGCGCAAGGGCACCAGCGAUGCUGAUGUCGCCCUCAUCGACUCAAUCGACUCACUGCCCUACCGUGUUUUGGGUUACAUCGCACUGAGCACUUUCAUUGAGAAAAGCGACGUCAUCAUCCCCAAGGACCAGGCUCGAUUCCUACUCAAACACCUGGACGCGCUCAAGACUACUGUCCUUCAGAACGAUCAUGGCACCGAGAGCGACGAGAGGAUGAGCCGGAUCUGCGACACCGCCAAGGCCAUGAUCACCGACAGGUCGCCAGCGGACGCGCCGACGCUGCCGCGCCCUUUCCUCACGACCUCCCCGUCUGCGCGCGACGGACUACGCGCCUCUGUCUCUGUGGCGAAGCGAAUGUUGAGCAACCGCACGUUCAAUGUCAAUCACGGCUUGCGUUCCUUGGUGGGGCUCAUGCAGGCGGGUGAUGAGCUGGCGUUCACCUAUCAGGUCGACAUGAUGCAGGACAAGUGGUCAUGA